AUGCUCAUGGUAAAAACAACAACAAUUCCAAAAAAACUUACAAACCCAGGUAAUCCAAUAGAGAAUGUGCAAUUUGUAAGGGCCCACAUUCUCUCGAGAACUGCGAAGUUCUCAAAUCCCAAAUCCGCCAAGCCCAAAUUUUCCAAAAGGCGAAAAACACAAAAAACAACAACCAACAUGCCUUCCGAUUCAUCUGAUAUGGUUCAUUUUUCUUCGAUGCCGAUUCCCCACUCUGGCACCAUUAACCAUCAUGGUACAACUUCAUCCACACUUUGCUCAAAUCACUGGAUCUUUAGCACUGCAUGUACUAGUCAUAUGUCCCCUCAUCGUUCUGCUUUCACUGAAUUCCAUACAGAUGUUUCUGGGUCAGUUAAAGGUACUGGGGGUUCAGUUGGGAUUAAAGGACAAGGAACUGUUGAACUUAAUGGUAUCACAUUGAAUGAUGUUCUAUAUAUCUUCCAGUAA